AGUAAAACUCAAAAUAACAAAAAAUUCAAACACUUUACCCCCACACUGAAAAAUCCGGAAAAUGAGGACCAGAGGAGGAAAAUCUGACGGUGGUGAUUAUUCGCGAGUUCGGCCUCCUACACAAUCAAAUAGGAGAGCUGCUGUUGAAAAAAGGAGAAAGAGAAAUGAGGAAAGGCAGGCGCCUCAGGACGAGCAGCCCCAGGAUGAGCAGCCACAGCAAAAUCUUAUGUUUGAUGCAGAACAGGAUGAGCAGCCCCAUGAUGAGCAGCCUCAGCACGAUCAUGAGUUUUAUGAUGAAUAUGACCAGCAGCAGCAACAUUUUGAUGAUGAACAUGGUCAGCAGCACCAGCCUGAUGAACCCAUGUUUCCUGGAGGUCCUUAUGAUCUUUCUGUCCUUACAGAUUAUGAGCAUCAUAUUGCAAUUAAUGUGUGGAAUGGACAGGAAAGACGUGCCUUGAAAGUUGUUUCCAAUGGCAAAAAGCAAGACAAAUUUAUUGAUAUUAGAUAUCAUUUACCUGCUCAAAUAGAUCAUUGGAUUAAUAUAUCUGGAUUACGUCCUCUGAGAAGAUGUAGUUUGCAUAUGAUUGAUGGUAACAUGAUAUCUGCUUUUGCUGAGAGAUGGCACGCAGAGACUAGUUCAUUUCACCUGCCAUUCGGUGAAAUGACUAUUACUCUUGACGACGUCAGGGGUCUUUUGAGCAUCCCGUGUACUGGAGAGUUUUUCACACCUCCCGCAAAUGUCAAUGAAGAUUUGGCAAUUGCUGCUGCUGUUGAGUUGUUGGGGGUUACAUAUGAUGAAGCUGUCACUGAGACUAGGACCAAUAGAGGGGCUUCCUAUAGUUUUGAGUGGUUGAAAGAGGUAUUUUAUAAGAAACUUCAUGAACGAAGAUAUGACUGUGCAGCUAGGGCAUAUCUACUUCAUUUGGUAGGAUGUACCAUUCUUGCGGAUAAAAGUUUUACACUUGUAUCUGCAAAAUAUCUCUUUCUGUUUCAAGAUCUGGAUAGUUGUGGUAAAUGGGCAUGGGGACCGGCUGCACUUGUUGUGCUAUAUGACUAUCUUAGAGACAGUACAUUGCCUGCAACCAAACAGAUUGGAGGAUAUUUGUCUUUAUUUCAGACUUGGAUUUAUGAACAUUUCCCCGAUAUUUGUAAACGGGGUAUGGAUGAGCAUAUUUCCUCGAUGCCACGGAUGUUUCGUUGGACGGCAAAACAAACAUCUGGGAAUGUGGCAUAUUACAGGGCAAAGUUGGAUGCUUUGAGGGAUACGGAUAUUAUCUGGGCACCAGAUUACGAUCAGAACGCUGUGACACGAUUUCAGUCUGUGUCAUUAUUUACAGGAUACAUUCGUUGGUGUUUCACGAUGGUUCCGUAUUUACCUGAGAGGUGCAUACGGCAGUUUGGGUAUACUCAACACAUUCCUCCUACACCACCGAUGCUUGUUGCACGUGAUGUCGACGUUGAAUGGAGUAUGUACCGGAAUUCUGUACGAUCACUUCGAGCUAGAUUGCAUCCAGCUGCAUAUCCACAUGAGUGUGUUGAGGGAUACAUCCAGUGGUAUUAUAGGAUAUCUCAUCCUCGGAUGAUCCCUUAUGUUGCUGCAUAUGCUGGUCCUAGUUAUGAUGCUGAUGCUGGUCCUAGUCAUGAUGCUGGUCCCGAUACUAGUUGUACACGGUGUCACGCAGUUGGUGGUCUUAUACAGCAGAGUUUAGAUUUGCAUAUGGGUGGUCCUGAAGAUGAGAUGCGUGUCUUAUUGGAGAGAGCUUUAUAUAUUUCUAGAGGAGGAGAUUAUCAGUAGUAUCAUAGUUGUAUUAUUCAGACUUAUUUUAUUAUUCGUGGGUUAUUUGUUAUUCAGACUUAUUGUAUUAGCGACUUAUUCAGACUUAUUUAUUAGCGAUUUAUAUA